AUGCCCCCCUUCGAUGAAUGGGGGCUACGUCCAGUCGGCCUUGUGGGGCCUCCUGAGAACCCCGUCACGGUGGUUCCUCUCCUUGUCGCCGGCGCCGAACUUGCCCCUUCCGUGGACACAGGGGGGCAAGUACUGCCGGAGGUCAGGUGCACGGGUGCCGAGGCACCGAUGCUGCCCGAGGCUCCCGAGGCGCCAUCCUCAGGAACCCAUGACCCUCGCCCUAGGGCGGCAGUUGCACGGGCGAUGCAACUCGCUGCUCCUAAGGCCAAAGUUCCCGAGGCCUCCGCGAGCCGUCGCGAGGCGGAGCCCGACAGCUCUUCCCAGCUCGGCGCCCCUGAGGUCGUCUCCUUGGGCGCUUCUCCAGUCGCGCUCUCGAGCCUCGACUCAGAUGUAGACGCGCGCCUCAAGGCCGAGGGUCUUCGUCUGAUGGAGGAGCGUCAUAAACUGAAGGUGGCCAUCAAUCUCGGGCGCCACCAGUGCGAGCUUGAUAAUGCGAAGGCCGAGGUGUCUCUUGCGGCCUCGCGUGAGGCCUGCACUCAGGCCCUGGAAGAGGCCCGGGAAGCCGACCGUCGCCGUGAGGUCGCGGAGAAACGCGCGUGGGAGCUCCAAGCCUGGAGCAUCUCCUUGGAGCAGCAAGUGGAAGCGCGCAAGUUCGCCCUUGCGUCGAUGAGGGGGACGCCUGCCGAGGAGGAAGAGAUCCUGAAGCGCGAGGAAGUGCUGGCGCUGGAAGUCGUGGAGUGCAGCCUUGAGCUUGAGAGGCUGGAGACGAGGGAGCGCCAGGUUGCCCAAGCGGAGGAUGCCCCUAACGUGCGCGAGGCGAGGAUCCAUAAGAAGGUCGACAGCAGGGUGGCCGAGGCGCGCGCGGAUCUUGUCGGCAGGUACGACCUGAAGCUGGAGCUUGUGGAAGCCGAAGCCGUGGGCCGGACUACUGCCCUCAGGACAGAGUUGGCUAAGGUGGAGCAACGCGAGAAGGCCGCCGCGGCCGCCCUGGUCUCGGCGCAGGCUGAGCUGGCCUCCGCCCGCGCCGAGCUGUUUUCUCUUCAGCAGCGAGUCGCCAACGCCGAGUCCUUCACAUAG